CCUCUGUGUUCGUGGGUAAUGUUCUACCAGGUCUUUUUUCCUCUGUGUUUGUGGGUAAUGUUCUACCAGGUCUUUUUUCCUCUGUGUUUGUGGGUAAUGUUCUACCAAGUCUUUUUUCCUCUGUGUUUGUGGGUAAUGUUGUACCAGGUCUUUUUUCCUCUGUGUUUGUGGGUAAUGUUCUACCAGGUCUUUUUUCCUCUGUGUUUGUGGGUAAUGUUCUACCAGGUCUUUUUCCUCUGUGUUUGUGGGUAAUGUUCUACCAGGUCUUUUUUCCUCUGUGUUUGUGGGUAAUGUUCUACCAGGUCUUUUUCCCUCUGUGUUUGUGGGUAAUGUUCUACCAGGUCUUUUUUCCUCUGUGUUUGUGGGUAAUGUUCUACCAGGUCUUUUUUCCUCUGUGUUUGUGGGUAAUGUUCUAACAGGUCUUUUUUCCUCUGUGUUUGUGGGUAAUGUUCUACCAAGUCUUUUUUUCCUCUGUGUUUGUGGGUAAUGUUCUACCAGGUCUUUUUUCCUCUGUGUUUGUGGGUAAUGUUCUACCAGGUCUUUUUUCCUCUGUGUUUGUGGGUAAUGUUCUACCAGGUCUUUUUUCCUCUGUGUUUGUGGGUAAUGUUCUACCAAGUCUUUUUUCCUCUGUGUUUGUGGGUAAUGUUGUACCAGGUCUUUUUUCCUCUGUGUUUGUGGGUAAUGUUCUACCAGGUCUUUUUCCCUCUGUGUUUGUGGGUAAUGUUCUACCAGGUCUUUUUUCCUCUGUGUUUGUGGGUAAUGUUCUACCAGGUCUUUUUUCCUCUGUGUUUGUGGGUAAUGUUCUAACAGGUCUUUUUUCCUCUGUGUUUGUGGGUAAUGUUCUACCAAGUCUUUUUUCCUCUGUGUUUGUGGGUAAUGUUCUACCAGGUCUUUUUUCCUCUGUGUUUGUGGGUAAUGUUCUACCAGGUCUUUUUUCCUCUGUGUUUGUGGGUAAUGUUCUACCAGGUCUUUUUUCCUCUGUGUUUGUGGGUAAUGUUCUACCAGGUCUUUUUUCCUCUGUGUUUGUGGGUAAUGUUCUACCAAGUCUUUUUUCCUCUGUGUUUGUGGGUAAUGUUCUACCAGGUCUUUUUUCCUCUGUGUUUGUGGGUAAUGUUCUACCAGGUCUUUUUUCCUCUGUGUUUGUGGGUAAUGUUCUACCAGGUCUUUUUUCCUUUGUGUUUGUGGGUAAUGUUCUACCAAGUCUUUUUUCCUCUGUGUUUGUGGGUAAUGUUCUACCAAGUCUUUUUUCCUCUGUGUUUGUGGGUAAUGUUCUACCAGGUCUUUUUUCCUCUGUGUUUGUGGGUAAUGUUCUACCAGGUCUUUUUUCCUCUGUGUUUGUGGGUAAUGUUCUACCAGGUCUUUUUUCCUCUGUGUUUGUGGGUAAUGUUCUACCAGGUCUUUUUCCCUCUGUGUUUGUGGGUAAUGUUCUACCAGGUCUUUUUUCCUCUGUGUUUGUGGGUAAUGUUCUACCAGGUCUUUUUUCCUCUGUGUUUGUGGGUAAUGUUCUAUCAGGUCUUUUUUCCUCUGUGUUUGUGGGUAAUGGUCUACCAGGUCUUUUUUCCUCUGUGUUUGUGGGUAAUGUUCUACCAGGUCUUUUUUCCUCUGUGUUUGUGGGUAAUGUUCUACCAAGUCUUUUUUCCUCUGUGUUUGUGGGUAAUGUUCUACCAGGUCUUUUUUCCUCUGUGUUUGUGGGUAAUGUUCUACCAGGUCUUUUUUCCUCUGUGUUUGUGGGUAAUGUUCUACCAGGUCUUUUUUCCUCUGUGUUUGUGGGUAAUGGUCUACCAGGUCUUUUUUCCUCUGUGUUUGUGGGUAAUGUUCUACCAGGUCUUUUUUCCUCUGUGUUUGUGGGUAAUGUUCUACCAGGUCUUUUUUCCUCUGUGUUUGUGGGUAAUGUUCUACCAGGUCUUUUUUCCUCUGUGUUUGUGGGUAAUGGUCUACCAGGUCUUUUUUCCUCUGUGUUUGUGGGUAAUGUUCUACCAGGUCUUUUUUCCUCUGUGUUUGUGGGUAAUGUUCUACCAGGUCUUUUUUCCUCUGUGUUUGUGGGUAAUGGUCUACCAGGUCUUUUUUCCUCUGUGUUUGUGGGUAAUGUUCUACCAGGUCUUUUUUCCUCUGUGUUUGUGGGUAAUGUUCUACCAAGUCUUUUUUCCUCUGUGUUUGUGGGUAAUGUUCUACCAGGUCUUUUUUCCUCUGUGUUUGUGGGUAAUGUUCUACCAGGUCUUUUUUCCUCUGUGUUUGUGGGUAAUGUUCUACCAGGUCUUUUUUCCUCUGUGUUUGUGGGUAAUGGUCUACCAGGUCUUUUUUCCUCUGUGUUUGUGGGUAAUGUUCUACCAAGUCUUUUUUCCUCUGUGUUUGUGGGUAAUGUUCUACCAAAUCUUUUUUCCUCUGUGUUUGUGGGUAAUGUUCUACCAAGUCUUUUUUCCUCUGUGUUUGUGGGUAAUGUUCUACCAAGUCUUUUUCCUCUGUGUUUGUGGGUAAUGUUCUACCAGGUCUUUUUUCCUCUGUGUUUGUGGGUAAUGGUCUACCAGGUCUUUUUUCCUCUGUGUUUGUGGGUAAUGUUCUACCAGGUCUUUCUGCUGUUUGUCAAUGUAGAAGACCCCUAG